ACCUCUCUCUCUCUCUCUCGAAUCUCGUUGCCACGUGACCUAGCAGAUCAAAAGUUUGAAUCCCACACUCUCGCCUACCUCACAUUCGUCUCUUAUCAUCGGGGAAACAUGCACGGCCGUCCAAGGAAGGCUUACAAGCCAGAAGAGGAAGCAGCCUCCGCUGCUAAAGCCGCUAAGCUCAGGGCUCUCCAGUCUCAGUUCAUGUCCAAUCACCAUAACAAAAUUUAUACCAAGGAAGCUGUUGACUUGAGCACGAAGCUCUUAGAGAUCAACCCUGAGGCGUACACCGCUUGGAACUACCGGAAGCUAGCCGUGGAGGAUAAGCUUUCAAGAAUCGAAUCUGAUCCGGACUUGAUCAAGACAAUUCUUGAUGAAGAACUUAGAGUGGUGGAAAGUGCUUUGAGUCAGAACUUCAAGUCAUAUGGUGCUUGGCACCAUCGGAAGUGGGUUUUGAGUAAAGGGCAUUCUUCCGUAGGGAAUGAAUUGCAGCUUUUGAAUAAAUUCCAGAAGCUGGAUACAAGGAACUUUCAUGCUUGGAACUAUCGCAGGUUUGUUGUGGAGCUAACCAAAAGGUCAGAACAGGAUGAGUUGAAGUAUACAGACGAUAUGAUUGGUUCCGAUUUCAGCAACUAUUCUGCUUGGCAUAAUCGUAGUGUACUUCUUUCAAGUUUGCUUGCAAGAAAGGCUGACGGUUUCUUACCAAAUAAAAAGAUUCCUGAUGAAUAUAAACUUGUACAAAAUGCUAUUUUCACGGACGAAGAUGACCAAAGUGGGUGGUUUUAUCAUCUUUGGCUUCUUGAUCAAACUGUUAAUGUGGAGACUCCUCUUCUCACUUCCUCAUGGCCUUCGCAUGGUUCCCGUAUCAGUCUCUAUGCUGGGUGCUCAAAUGGCUCUUUUUCUAAGCUCACUACUUUUGGUUCUGAGUCGGGUUAUUUUCCACUCGUUCUUAACUUUGAUCAAGCUGUUGGUGGAGUCAGUUCGUCUACUGUUACGAUUGAUACUGAAUUGAAAGGAAAUGAGGACCUUGUUUGGGAACCUGUUUCAAAGAAAAACUCUCAUGUGUCCUGUGUAUGGGUUGCUCGUCCUAAAUAUAUAAGUUCAGAACCAUGCUUUGGCAAGGAAUACAAAGUGAAGGUCAAAAUUGGGAACUCUCCAGGAAUUGUUUCUUCCAGAGGAUGCAACUUUAGCGCUUCUUAUGAGUUCGUCUUUACAGCGCAUGUUCAUGACACAGUCGAAGAGUCGUCGCAAGAAGGCAUUGUUUCAUGGACGGAUGGUUUUGAUAUCUGGGAUGCAGAGUCAAAGGAUUUGAACGCUCUUACUACGUUGGAUCGAUCAAACGCUCAGAUGGAUUCUAAAUGGCGUCAGGAAGCUAUAGCGGAAGAGAUUGACUUAUUUCGUGAAUUGCCUGACAGCAAAAUUGGAAAGCUCACUCUGGCAAGGCUUUUGAUGGCUAAAGCUAUGAUAUCGGAUGAUGCUGUUAAGGGUGUUCACUAUAACGAAAUCCUCGAGCUGUAUAAAGAUCUAAUGGCACUGGAUUCUUCGCAUUAUCAGUACUACAAGGAUGUGCACAGCGUAGCUUUACUCCGCAAGGUGACUUCAAGCACUGAAGACUUGUCAGGACACCUCUUUCGUUGCAGGAAUAUGAACAACUCUGUAUGUAUACGGCUGAAUAACUUAUCGCUAUCUCGGAUAGCCUCUGUCGAGAAGUUGCUGUUUGUCCAAAUGUUAGACCUCAGUCACAAUGAGCUUCAUUCAACUGAAGGAUUGGGGGGAAUGCAACUUCUCUCUUGCCUAAAUCUGAGUCACAACAGAAUCCGGAGUUUUUCAGCUUUGGACUCCCUAAGACAUUUGAAACAGCUGAGAGUGUUGGAUGUUUCACACAACCACAUCGGUGAGCACUCAGUUGACACAACACGGUACCUUUGCUCUUCACCGCUUUUUAAUUCGGAGUGGACUCAGGAUGAAGUUGGUCGACAGAUGCCUACUUUGGUCACCAAAUACUGGGAUGCGUAUUUCGUGUUAAGAGAUUUGAAUCUCAAACAGUUAGAUAUAACAGGCAACGUAAUCGCAGGGGACGUGUUCAGCUCUUUUGUUCUCCGAGUUGUGCCAAAGCUUGUAUGGCUUGACGGCAAGAAACUUGAGAUUUAGAUCAUAGGCCAAGGUUUUUUGCUUUAUUUAUGGAUCAUCAAACUCCCCAAAGCAAUUUGGAUUCUCUUGAUGGUUCUUGUUGUUGUGAUUUGUUUCUCAUCAAUCUUGUUAUAUGACCUUUUAUAAUGACUGCAUCCUCUGAACCGAUUCCAAACU